AUGUCUAUCCAUCAAGUCGCCAGUCAGUUUACUGGUAGCACAACGCUCUUUGGAAAUUCCCAGGCAAUUCAACCGUCGACGAAGCGGUCUCAGAUGAUUCCAGCGACCUCCAGUACAACGUCGACGUCUUCUUCGUCCGGCUCAAGUGGUGACAAGUCCAGUGAUGAUGGCAGCAGCUCCUAUAGUUUCCUGGGUGGAAAAGAUGGAGAAAAUAGCGACAGUGGCAGUUGGAGUUGGAGUAUGGAGUCGGGGUCUGGCAGUUUGAGCUUGGAAUAUGAAUGUUACUGCCGAUCGGUCCGUCGUGUCUCGCUUAUGGGAGCUUCAGACUACUGCCUCGCGCCAAAGUCGUCUAUGAGCAUGGCUUCACCGCAUCUGCUAUGGACGGCGCGUCAAGUACUGGCGGUCGUGGUUUGCAUGGCAUUCGGAAUGAUAGCUGUAGUGUAG